AUGCCUCCGGUAAACCAGAGGUUUCACACCCAAUACGCACACGAUCCUCGGCAUCUGAAGGCUCUGGUACCGCAAGAAGAUUUGUCGACAGUCGAAGAACAUCUUGAAUAUUAUCAAGAUCCCUACCGGAGCGGUUAUGCCCAGCCGGACGGCCAGAAGUUACAGGUUUCGGAAAAUCGGCGAGAUGUGGAAUAUCCAUCCAAGGAGGAAACUUUCAGGACCGAUGACGAAACGAAGAAGUUGAUCGCCAAGUUAUGCAAUGCCAUCUCAUAUAAGCUGCGCCAUCCAUACCGAACGACCCUCGAGCCAAUAUACAACCUAUAUCUUCAAUUGCCUGAACAGAGGAUGUUGCACCUCACUUGGCAAUGGCGGAAUAGACUGCUCAAGGUUAUGGGAUUACCGCCAAAGCGAAACUCGGAGUCAAUGAUGCGUUACUUUGCGCUGAUCAAUGAUGUCAAAAGCGCAGGAUUGACGUUACGGAAAGCGCAUUGGAACUAUGCUUUGGCAUUCGCAACCAAGUAUUCGUCUCGUAUAACAACAACCGAAAUGGACACCGCUCUGAGAUUGUGGAAAGAGAUGGAGCUGACAGCCGGUGUCAAGGGAAACGAAGUUACGUUCAAUAUCCUAUUUGAUGUGGCCACGAAGGCGGGAAACUUCGUUCUUGCGGACAUGAUGUAUAGAGAGAUGGAGAAGCGAGGCUUUCAGUAUAAUCGAUACCAUCACGUCAGUCUGAUACACUAUUUCGGACUCAAGAUGGAUUCGAGCGCAAUUCGGGCUGCUUACAAGGACAUGGUUGACGCCGGCGAGAUGAUAGACACUGUUGUGCUCAACUGUGUAAUAUCAGGUCUUUUGCGAUGCGGCGAGGAGUCAGCAGCGGAAUUGACAUACGAGAGGAUGAAAUUAGGGCAUGAGAUGGCGCCCAACCUCCCGGAUAGAGACUACGGGAUGGGUCGGGUUGUCACCAAAGUGUUGAUGAUGUUUACGAGAAUCGGCAAGAAGCACCCGGAGCUUCAGAAGCCGCUGCAGAAGCAGAUGCAACUUUCUCCAAACCUUCACACCUACAGGCUCUUUGUUGAGCACUACUCAGUCAAAAUCGGAGACCUGCCGAAAGUCGCGCAAUACCUCGAUGAGAUGAAGUUUCUCAACAUCCCGAUCCACGCCACUAUCUUUCUGUCCUUGUUCAAGGGUUUCUAUUCUCAUGGCGGCUUUACUAGCUCUGAGUGGAGUGAACAGCGCUUGGAAGGCGUGUUGAAAGCGAUGUACCAAGCAAGAGAUGAGAGUAUAAGAGGAUUCACCAUCGACAGAUGGUUGGUCAUCUGGGCAUUGCGAGCAACCAAAAAGUGUUGUUCUGAUGAGAUGGUGGUCCAAGUGUACGAUGAGAUGGCCAAGCGUUGGGAUAUUCCUUCGGACCGACUGCCAUUUAUACAGUCGAUCCUGCAGAGUAUUCUUGCCGGCGUAGAUAUGAAGUCGCCGACGGGUGCCUGGGAUGGCCCAUCGUAUCGACGAUAUAAAAAGGAUGGGACGAGAUUAUGA